AUGGCCAUCUUCCACGCCGAGACGGAUGGCGCGAGCCUCUUUUACCGCUACUAUACUCCUUCCCGUUCUUCGCCCCACAGACUGGCGACCACCGUCGAGCGGCAGCCGCUGACGCUCGUCUUCCUCCACGGCUGGCCCAUGUCGUCCCGCAUGUUCGACCAGCUCAUCGUGCCGCUGGUUGAAUCCCACCGGUUCCCCGUCAUCGCGCCCGACCGCCGUGGGUUCGGCAACAGCGAGUGGGCCAACCCGGCCACGGGUGAGGUGACGUUCGACACCUUCGUCAGCGACGCCGUCGGCCUCCUGGAGCACGUCAUGCAAAAGAACCCGGGCCCGUUUGUUUUCGUGGCCGCGAGCAUGGGCUGCAGCGAGUCGGUCCUGACCUGCAUCGCCAGCCCGUUUUUGCACACCCACUGCAAGGGAUUCGUGUGGAUCGGGCCCAACAUGCCCAACAGCGUGAGCAGCGAUGAAUGUCCCAGCGCCCCCGGCAAGGAGGUCUGGGACGGGCUGGUGCAGAGCUUCCGGGGCGCCGGCGGCAAGGACUUCAUCCGAGACGCGAUCCCGGGUGUCUUCCGCGUCGAUCUCGGCAACGACGUCAGCAAGGACACCCUGCAGUUCUUCGAGCGGCUCGUCCAACAGGCAGACCCGGUGGCAGUCGAGCGAACGGCCAUCAUACUGCAGAAGCCGAUGGCCCGGGAGCUGAGGGAGUGGGCCGAGUCGGCGGCGGCCGACGAGCGGGAGAAAGUGCCGGUUCUCAUCCUCCACGGAGAUUCCGACAGCGGAAUGCCUCUCGAGACGAGCGCGGCGUUGGUCCACAAGAUGCUUCCCUGGUCUCGGCUUCGUGUGUAUCAGAAAGCAGGACAUGGGCUUUACCUGACACAUGCGCAACAAGUGCUGCAUGACAUGCUUGCGUUUCUUGAACCCAUUGUUUCUCAGCAGCGUUUGUAA